AGUGACAUGAAUGCAAAAAGCAGAACUGCAGUGCAGAAGGCAACAAACAACCACACUGAUUGAGGCAGUUCGUGAACAAGCCGUCACACCCACUCGCUGCUGAACCAGGAGUUCCAUCCAUCGCCGCUCACUCCCACGAUCAGCGUCGUCGCUUAUCCGCAAAUAUCUCUCUUCCUCUUUGCAGUCGGCACCAUGGGUUCCGACUUCAAAUCGAUCCCCUUGAUCGAUAUCGGCCCGCUUGUCGAAAAGAUUGAUGAUCCAAGCAUGGCCAACGAUAAGGAUUUACUGCAGGUUGUCCGGUUACUGGAUGAUGCUUGCAAGGAGGCCGGAUUCUUCUAUGUGAAAGGCCAUGGUAUUGAUGAGUCACUGAUGAGGGAAGUCAGGAAUGUAACCCGUGAAUUCUUUCAGCUUCCUUAUGAGGAAAAAUUAAAAAUUAAGAUGACACCUCAAAGUGGAUAUAGAGGGUAUCAAAGGAUAGGGGAAAAUAUUACCAAGGGUAAGCCUGAUAUGCAUGAAGCAAUCGAUUGUUAUACUCCUAUUAGACCUGGCAAAUAUGGAGAUCUCGCUAAACCAAUGGAAGGAUCUAACUUAUGGCCAAAAUACCCAUCAAAUUUUGAAGUACUGCUGGAAAAUUAUAUCAAAUUAUGUAGAGACAUUUCAAGAAAGAUAAUGCGAGGUAUAGCCUUGGCUUUGGGAGGGGCAAUUGAUGCUUUUGAAGGGGAUACAGCUGGAGAUCCUUUCUGGGUGUUAAGGUUGAUUGGUUAUCCCGUAGAUAUUCCAGAAGAGCAGCGCACUGAUACUGGCUGUGGAGCUCAUACAGAUUAUGGACUUCUAACACUGGUUAACCAGGAUGAUGACAUAUGUGCCCUUGAGCUUGUGCAGCAUUUUGAUCAACCACUGUCCAAAGGAAAGAUUAAGGCCAUCAAGACCUUGCUGGAAAAUGGGAAGCAGUUGAAGAAGAAGGUCAGGGGCUCCAAAGUCGCGCCGGCUGUUCUGGCAUGCCCAACUGCGCUGGUCUAAUGGUGGAGCUGGCUCUUUAGGGUCGUCAUCCUGUUUUUAUCCAUGUUACCGUUUGCUGGAGUGUUGACAAUGGUAGUGUGUCAGGGUCUGUUCCCUUUUGGUGGUUCAAAAAUCAGGCCUUCCUACAAGUGUGUGGAACGUAGUAAGGUGUCAGCUAUGGGGGAGCAAAAUCAGUUUCUCCCACCCUUGUUGUCUUGUUUCUGCCCCUGGCUUUGUACUUGGUCUUCUGCGGCCAGCCUCAUGGGAAUUGAGUCAGUCUAUUUGGCCUUGUUGAUGUUGCAACGAUUAUCUAGUAGUCAAUUUUUCUUUAAUGUCACAAUCAAAUUGUAAUGUGCUAUGCUGGAAUGUGAGAGGUCUAAAUGACGCUGCCAAGCGGGCUAGUGUACGCAAUAUGAUUUUCUCAUCUGGUGCAACAAUUGUUUGUCUGCAAGAAACUAAGAUCGCUAAUUGGACUACUACACUGCUUUGUCAAAUUUUGGGGCCGAGUCUUGCUGCCCAAUCAGUGGCGCUACCGGCCACUGGGACCUCUGGGGGCAUUUUGCUGGCAGCCCAUGAUCGUUUUUUCCAACUCCACUCCCCGCAUACCACUGAUCACAUAGUCUCUGCUACUAUUACAUUACUGGCUGAUGGCACAGAUUGGUCCAUUAUAGGGGUCUAUGGGCCACAGUCGGAUCAGGACAAGAUUCUCUUUCUCAAUGAGAUCACCCAUCUUAAAUAGAUCAUACACCCGAAAUGGCUCCUCCUAGGUGACUUCAAUUUGAUUUACCGUAUGAGCGACAAAAACAACACAAGAGUUAAUAUUCAAAUGAUGAACCGUUUCAAACGAGUAAUAGAUGGCUUGCAAUUAGUGGAACAAUGAGGGGUCGUCAAUACACUUGGUCAAAUGAACAGGACACGCCUACUAUGUCUCGCAUCGACCAUGUAUUCUGCUCUACAGAAUGGCAGGACCUUUUCCCCAAUUCCGAUCUCCAGGCUUUGGCGUCCAUGACUUCAGAUCAUGCCCCUUUGCUCCUAAGGGGGAUGUUACCUUGGAUUUCUACAAGGGUUUUCGUUUUGAAUCAUAUUGGACCUCCAUGCCCGGCUUCAAGGAAAUAGUGCGAAGCACUUGGGACCAACCAGUUCAUUCAGACGACGCCAUUCUACGUUUCCAUGUCAAAACGCGUCGGACGACUAAGGCACUUAAGAUUUGGCGGAGGCAAAAUAUAGGUAACAUCCCGCUGCAGUUGGCAAUGGUGCAAGUAACUCUGCUACAUCUUGAGCGGGCACAAGAAGACAGACAACUCUCAGGGGAGGAACUAGAGUUCCGCCACUAUCUUAAAGCAAAAGCCCUUGGAUUAGCAGUCAUCCAAAAAGCCAGGGCCAAGCAACAUUCCAGACUCUCGUGGAUUCGCCAAGGGGACACAAACACCUCUUUCUUCCAAAUACAUGCUACGGUCAGACGUAAAAAAAUUAUAUCAGGAACAUCAACACUAGCUCAAGAAUGACAUUCACUCAAAAAGAAAAAGAAGAGGCAGCAUUCUCACAUUUCCAGCAUGUUCUGGGGGAGAGCUCUGUUAGGACCAUGGCUUUUAACUGGUCAACCCUCGACUACAUACCCUAUUACCUUUCACAUUUGGAAGCCCCAUUCACUGACCAAGAGAUCACUGACUUAAUUAAGGCUUUACCAGCGAGCCGCUCCCCAGGCCCUGAUGGCUUCAUUGGGAUCUUCUACAAAAACUGUUGGGAAAUUAUCAAGGUCGACUUGAUUAAGGCAUUACAAGAUUUCCAUAAUCAUAAAACCUCAAAGUUACAUCUCGCAAAUGAGGCGCACAUUGUUCUGCUUCCAAAGAAAGAGGGAGCUACAGAGUUCAGUGAGUUUCGGCCAAUCAGUCUGAUCAACAGUCUGGCUAAAAUUAUUACUAAGGUGUUGGCUGACCGUCUGGCCCCAAUGCUUGAUAAGCUCGUAUCCACCUCACAAAAUGCUUUCAUAAAGAAACGCUGCAUUCAUGACAAUUUCCUUUACGUGCAAAAUGUUAUUCGUAGUCUCCACAAGAACAAAAAGGCAACUCUUUUUAUUAAAUUGGAUAUAUCGAAAGCUUUUGACUCUUUGAGCUGGCCUUACCUUCUAGAUGUCUUGAAGGCCCUGGGUUUUGGCCAAAAGUGGAGGGAUUGGGUUGCGGCCAUCUUGGCUACAUCAUCGUCUAGACUCUAGAGUUCUAGUCAACGGUCGUCCAAGCAAUAAGUUUAAACAUGCUCGAGGGCUGCGGCAAGGCGAUCCGCUUUCGCCUAUGUUAUUCAUCUUGGCCAUUGAUCCCCUUCAAAAAAUGAUUGAGCAAGCAACAAGACUAGGUUUUUUAAAGCCGGUGCUACCCAAAUCAGCUUGUUUGCGUUGCUCGCUUUAUGCUGAUGAUGCUGGAAUUUUCGCCGAUCUGGGCCAUACGGAGCUGCAAAAUUUACGACAACUCUUGUCAAUUUUCACUAAUUUCUCAGGCCUCAAGUUUAACCUAGCAAAAACGGAAAUCUUUCCAAUUCGUUGUCAAUCUGCCACGGUCAGCUCACUCAUUCAUCUUUUUCCCGGGAGGAUCUCGACCUUCCCUGGAAAAAUACUUGGGUCUACCUUUACACACUAGAAAACUUCGACGGAUUGAGGUGCAGCCUCUAAUUGAUAAGAUUGGUGCUAGACUAGCCGGUUGGAAGGGCAAGCUCCUAUCAAAAGCUGGUAGAGAAACCCUAGUAAAGAAUGUUCUAUCAUCUCAACCUAUCUACCACUUAACAGUGUUCCCACCGCAAAAAUGGGUCAUUCAGAGGAUUGAUCGUAUCCUGCGAAGUUUUCUUUGGAAGGGUGAUGGCCCAGAAAAUUCGAGUGGUGGUCAUUGUCUAAUCAAAUGGCAAGUCACAACGAGGCCCAAGUCUCUGGGAGGCCUUGGGAUCUUAGAUUUAGAACGCUUCGCACGGGCACUACGUUUGUGUUGGAUGUGGUACAGCUGGAAAAAUGAGGACAGAGCCUAGGUGGGUCUGGACAUUCCCUGUGAUAAAACUGAUCAGGACUUAUUUCACGCCUCUACGGUGGUCACAGUGGGUAAUGGCAAUAAGGCAUUGUUUUGGAAAUCCAAUUGGAUCUCUGGGAGGGCACCUCAUCACAUUGCACCAUCUCUUUUCAAAAAAACGAGACAUAAGAAUAUCACGGUCAAUAGGGGACUAGAGGA